GUAUAAUGUGUGUUUAUGGGUGGUGUCACAAACACGAUGGACAGCAUUGUGAUCCUCGAUGAUGAUGAAGCCGAAGAACCUUCCACAUCUACAUUACGUCUUCAAAGGUUUCGAGGGUCCACUCCAUCUAAAGACCAAGAGUUAAAGCCAACACACAUCACACAGUCACCUUUCAGUACUGCAAAGAAGGAAGGCCAUGUCCUGAAAGUAGAGAACGAGAAACUCUUUGGAGAGUUUUUGGAGCACUGUAUGGCGCACACAAAGGAGCAUCCUGAGGUUGUGACAUUCCUGCAGACAAAGUACUCAAAGGCAUCGCCUGACUUCUUGAUGUCUGUGGAGUUCCGGAACGCUCUGGGCCGCUGCCUGACCCGAGCCCAGGCCAGCACCACCAAAACUUUUGUUUACAUCAAUGAACUCUGCACACUUCUGAAGCAGCAUUCAGCCAAGAGGAGGGCCCUCAUCCAGCCUUCCAGUCCCAAGGAGAGCAAAGGAAAGGAAGAAAAAGGGAAUAUAGAAGAAACUGACCCAUCUACAGGAAAGCAGCCUGAAGAGGUGGAGGUGCAAAGAAAAACGAAAAAAGCUUCAAGGAGACAGAUCGCAUAUCUGGAGAACCUGCUGAAGGUAUAUAAUGAUGAGAUCAAACGGCUGCAGGAGAGGGAAUUGGGUUUGGAUGAUCUGGAAAAGGAAGACUCCAGUUACGUCCAGGAGCACAAGCUCAAACGGAAAAUGAUGAAGAUUUAUGAUAAACUGUGUGAACUGAAAGGCUGCACCACAAUGACUGGAAGAGUGAUAGAACAAAGGAUCACUUACAGUGGCACACGGUAUCCAGAACUUAACAAGAAGAUUGAGCGAUUCAUAAACAAGCCAGAGUCCCAGCAGAAUCCACCAGAUUACGGUGAUAUCCUACAAGUGGUGAAACGUGCCAAUGAACGCUACAGUCUGACUCUCAGCCGCAAGCAACUACUGCAGAUUGCACAGGAGGCGUUUCGUGAGACGGGGAACAGACUGCAGGAAAGGAGGCACCUGGACAUGGUCUACAACUUUGGAUCUCACCUAACAGACCUCUACAAGCCCACCACAGACCCUGCUCUCUCUAACCCAUCAUUAUCUCAGAAGCUUCGCUCCAACAGAGAAGUAGCUCUUACCAGCCUAGAGGAGGUCAUCAACAAAUACGCCUACAAACAGGACGACACAGAAGAAAAAGAGAGGCAGAAACGUCAGGAGAAAGAGAGACAGAAGAAACAGCAGGUUGCUGCCAAAGCACAGGAGGAUGAAAAGGAUAAUGUGCAGGAACAAGAAAAAGAGGAAGAAGAUGAGGGAGAGGGGGAAGAGCCAGAGGAGGAGGAGGAGGAAGAUGAAGAAGAGGAUGAGGUUUCGUCUGACCCUGAUAUUGAGGAAGAGAUCCAGGCUAGUGAGGCACAAGUGGGGCCAGAUGAUGAUGAAGAUGAGGAUCAGUUGAACAACGGUGAUAACGAACAGCCCGGUAUUGAUGAGUCCUCACAAUCAGUCAGAUUGUCUGGUCAGGAUGAAGAUGACGUGGAGGGUGGUGAUAAGGACUUGAAGCCUGACACUGAUGCAUGUGGAAGUAAUGAAAUGGAAACCAAUAAAAAAAAUAAUGACUUUUCUCCUAUUGAAAGUCUGUCUACUUCAGAGAGCCCCAGCCAAUCAGAGGCUGUAAAACUUGCAUCUCCUGAGAACAAUUCUGCUUCCCACAAUCAUAAGACAUCUGCUUCUGAAAGUAUCGGUGACUUAGCAGAGAUUGUGUCAACAAAUGAAAACUCUGUACGCCAACUAACAACAAUUUCAGCUAGUUGCAGUCCUUUUCCUCCCAGCCCUGAAGUGAUUGACACGAUGUGUAACAGCAAGAAGAGAAAACGUGAAUCAAAGACUAAGCACACAACUGUACGAAACGGAAACAUCAGACGAAACAGUGAAAGCGACUGUGAUAUUUCUUUGGAUAUGGGAGUAAUAAACUGCAGUCCAGUACGGGCAGACUCCACACGGGCCGACACACCAACUCAGGACAUGGUCAGCAGCUCCCGCUCUACGCCUCCUCCUAAAAAGAACAAGGUGAAUGUGGCAACACAGUGCGACCCAGAGGAAGUGAUUGUUCUUUCAGAUUCGGAUUGACUGGUGACUUCUGUUACAGGGUUGUGGAUAUUGAUCUGCAUACCUCUUCCAUGUACUUGCAGCACUAGAGCCUGCCAAUGUGAACUACUUUUGGGGCAGAAAAAAUGAAGCUUUGUGGAAAAGCACAUUUUUAUUGAGCUUUAUGUCACCACUGUACCAUAGCCCAGUGUAUUUUUAUACUAUUACACAUUGGACUGCCAUGGUGCAAAAUAAGAAAAUCAGGGUCUUCUAUGCGUUUUAGUAAUGUUUUAAAUGUAAAAAACUCUUUUAUUUGGAUUUUUUUUUUUUUUUGACAUCUUUAGGAGCCAGUUAAACAUUUAAAUAAAAACUGUGUACAAUUGGACAAAAUUAUUUUUUUUUACUGGUUCCUGUACAAACUUAAUAAAAGGAUAUUUUUUUUUGUCUAAA